UAAUAAUCAACAGCUCGUAGCAAUCACGCUUGUAAUUACCUAUUGUUGAGCCGUAGCGAUUCUACAAACCAUGAGUUGAACAAAAUAAACUGAAAAUUAGAUUUUAGGCCUUAUUAUGUCUAGUGUGCUUGUUAAUAUAACAUUAUUUCAAAGACCCUACUGAAGUUACAAAAGUUGUCGAAACACUGAGGGAUAUCGCGGAUCUACAGCCGUGUCACAGCUUGUGUUAUCUGAUUUAUUUGUUUACUUCCAAACCUCAUCUCACCUCUGUAAGAUUACAUUCACUAUAUUUUCGUCAUAUGAGAGAGUACCGUUUACAGAAUAAAGAUCACCGAUACUGAGAGGUAUUGCCGUUUCUGUGUCUGGUGUCAUUUUUAAUCAUUAGAUUAUAUUGGUCGUCAACUUUUAGAAUAUUAAAGUAUUUUUAACAAGAAUAAACAAUGUCGUCCAGACGGGGACUAGGAGUAUUUAUACUGACAGUAUGUUUUUCCUUCAUAUCAGUUUGCAACGGGACAUCCACAGCUACAGUGCAGACUACAGAUCCAACAAACUUUAAUAUGGGCUCAACACAAGAGAUGUCUACAAAUGAUUCACCAACAACUAAACCGACAACCGCUAUAAUUACGACUACAGGUGGAGUAGUCUCUACGAAGGGCUUAACACAAGAUACGUCUACAAAUAAUUUCCCAACAACUAAACCGACAACAGAAACGACAGCCAUUUUAAUUGCGACUACAGGUGGAGUAGUCUCUACGAAGCGCUCAACACAAGAUACGUCUACGAAUGAUUCCCCAACAACUAAACCGACAACAGAAACGACAACCACUAUAGGCCUAAUUACGACUACAGGUGGAGUAGUCUCUACGAAGGGCUCAACACAAAAAAAGUCUACAAAUGAUUCCCCAACAACUACUACAACAUUAAUACACUCUACUUCGUACGAUACCACAACUCAAGAUAAUAAGGGCCCAUCGCCUAUAACAAAUAUUGACACAACAGUGGCUAAAAUUACCAGUACUCUGUAUUCAACGACGGGCCCAAUGAAGGAAGCUACUACAUCAUCAUCAACAACUACAAAACCUCCAAAAUAUUAUUUAAUAUCUAUAGAAAACUCAGGAGUCAACGUUAAAUUGAACAUACCAAGCGAUGAGUUUGAUGAAAACAAAUUCAAAAGCUCUAUUGCUGAGAAUACGAUAAUGUACUGUACAGCUGAAAACUCAAAAUGUGAGGACAAUUAUAAAUACAUAAGUUCCUCUGACGUCAUCAUUUACCACCAGGGAUCCAAACCAUACUUCGAAGUAAAUACAGAAUACGACAUUCUUGCAGAUGAUGAACUUCAUGUGUCGUUUUAUGUCAAAGAUCCUUACACUGACACACUGACUGUAAUGAACACUGAACAAGCAACAUCAAUGUUAAAUGAACAAAAGGGCAACAUAGAAGAAGAGCUAAACUACGAAUUCGAAAUUGAAACGCCUUACACGAAACCGGAUGGGUUCCCCGGCUGGGCAAUUUCACUGAUAGUUUUUUGUGUUAUUUGUAUAUUUGUUGCCAUAUAUGUAUUCUGGCGAGCUAAAAAGUUGGAGUAAGUGAAC